CAUGACCUACUGCGAAAGGUCAUUUGUCUCAAACAUAAAAAUCCACUUUGUCCCUGGCGCUCUCAGAUGGGAGUGCCAAGGACAAAGUGGAUUUUUUAGCAUUCAUCAUUUUAACUAUUUUUAUUUCAAUAUUAAAAAAAAUAUUCGACUGAAAUAAAACAAAUAAUUAAUUGUAAUGAUUUGGUUUAAUACAACACUAAUUAAGUAUAAUUUACAAUGAUCAAUAAAUGUAUUCAUGCCUCAUGUAGUUUCACCAGACAAUCAAAUAUAAAACAAACGUAUGUUCCAUAUUUAAACAACAAUUUAUUCAUUAAUACAUUUCCGUAGCAAAGUUUGAAGUAUUGUAAUAUGCAGAUUUUUAUAUAAUUUAUUGUGUAAUAAAAAGUGAAGUUUAAAAUACAAUAUUACUUUGAGUUGACACUGGAAUAAUGUUUACAAUAAAUAAACAUGUUUCAAUCUAUUCAGUUUCAUGUGUCAUUGUUUAGUUAAAAUCUAACGGUUAUAAAACGGUUUUGUGUAAAUGAGAUAGAUUAAUUAAUUGCAAAAUAUUUGCCGUUCGAUUCUAAAAUCAAUAAUAAUAAAUUCCUAUCAAUUCCAUCGAAAACAAAUUAUUCUUAAAUAUUUUUAUUUGCUAACUGAUGAUUUUGUUUUUUUUUUUACAUUGUACUUAAUUAUGAACGAAACAAUUUUGUCUAUGGUAUAUUUAUAAGCAUAUUUGAACUCUAAACCACGAUUCAUAUCUAUAUAAUAUUUUAAUGGAAAGUGACUAAAGUCAGUUUUUCCUGAAAUACCUAUAAUUAAUUAAUAUUGAUUCUUGUAAAUGUCAUAACUACUGUUAGAGCCGGUGAGUUUCUUGCUAAUUCUUCUUAUCAGACAAAAGACGUCCUAAACGUCGCAGGGAAAAUUUUUUUGACGAUUCAAAAGAAAAUGCGACCUAGUGAAGCGUGUCCGCUCAAACAAGAACUGGCUUCGACUAGUAUUAUUUUUGUUUAUGCAUGCUCAUGUCUCGAUAGAAGAAAUGCAACAUCAUUUAUAAAAAAACGAUCAGACUCUUUCUAUUUUUUUAUACAAAUCCACACUUAUUUUUCUUUAGUUGGUAAAGUUUAUGAGUACAGACGUAUGGCUAUGUCGUGUCUGCGACGUUAUGUGCCAGUAGAUGUGAAUCAUGUUUUAAAGGUAUAUAUAGACCGAACUACGAGCGAUGAGCUAGCGAAAGUGCGCCGGCAUAGAUGGGUGUACAAAUUAGGAAGGGAGGGCAAGAUAGAAAGAGUGGGCAAAAUAGAAAAUUGUUAUAAUUGACUAAAUAUGCAAUCUACCGUGAGUGCUGACAUACACUUAUAGAGAAACAGUGAGUUAGA